UAAGGCAAGACCUCUCCGUUGCUUCUUUGGGUAGCCCUGCUCACUAAAUAAUUUCGAGGGGACUUGCUAAUCAUAGUGUGUCUUCUGCAAGCUUAGGAAAGAUUCGAGUAGAAGGUUCCUCCCCAUUAUUUGCAUCCAUCCAGACAACAUGGACGACUCGGCCCUGUUCAUGGAAUGGGCAAUGGACACGUUAGAGCAGGAGCACCCGGACCCAGUGGUGGUCGUCAACGGCGACUCCGGCGACGCAGCCUUCCCCUCGCUUCAGGCACUCCGUGAACAGCGUCUUGUCUUCGAAGGGCUGAUUACCGGAGCCAAUCCGGCAAGCAGCGGGAGCUCCGGCGAAACAACCGACGGCAGCGGGGGCAAUUUCUCGUCCCCAGCGGCCAUGGAGCACGGCGUCUGGCCCCCGUCCCCGAACUCGGCCAGGUGCGCUCCAAGACUUUCCAGGCACGGUGGAGGCACCAACCUUCCGGUCACAAGCUGGAAUUUCUGCGCCGCUUCCGCGCUGCCUGCCAGUGACGGCACACUGGACAGUGGCAGCGCCGGGCCUGUCGUCCCGGAAAUGGUGUGCGGGUCCCAGCCGACGAGGAGGGCCGCCGCAAGGAGCCCCACCGGUACCGGACCCGUGUCGUCGGGGCCGCCGUACGCGCAGGACCAUAUCAUGGCGGAGCGCAAGCGCCGCGAGAAGAUUAACCAGCGCUUCAUCGAGCUCUCCACCGUCAUCCCCGGCCUCAAGAAGAUGGACAAGGCGACGAUCCUUUCCGACGCGACGAGGCACGUCAAGGAGCUGCAGGAGAAGAUCAAGGCCCUCGAGGCAGCCACCGGCCGCAGCAACAGGAGCAACGAGACCGUGGUACUCAUCAAGAAGAAGCCGCGCCACGCCGACGCCGCCGUCUCAGAUCAGAACCAGAACGGCUCGCCCUCGUCGGCGUCGUCGGGGGCACCGGCUUCGAAGAACCCACUGCCGGAGAUCGAGGUGCGGUUCUCGGAGACCGGCGUCAUGGUGAGGAUCCUCUGCCACGACGUCAAGGGGGUGGUGGUGAGGGUGCUGUCGGAGGUGGAGGAGGGGCUCCACCUCACCGUCACCCACACCAAUGUCAUGCCGUUCACGGCAUGCACUGUCAUCAUAACCAUCACGGCCAAGGUGGAUGAGGGCUUCACCGUCACAGCAGAGGAGAUCGUAGGAAGACUCAACUAUGUGUUGGAAUUGCAUAGCAGCUGCACUUCUACCGAAGAAAACUGAAACAAGAAAAUAUUACAUGUCAUAUGUAUAGUACGGAACAUAUUAUCCUGUAUAAUUAUAUUUGGAAGUGGUGAGAGGAAGUGCAUGCAGGCAUGCAUGUUUCCGACCAGAAUGUCUAGCAUAUUACAUUCGCAUGUUUCUGUGUAUGCAACGACACGAACUGCAAAAGCUUCCUGAAAGAUCAAGCCAAGUGGACAAUUCCAAACGAAAAUGACUGGGUCUGGCUGCACGUAAAUUGUGGAUAUUGCUUUCUGAAUAUCCUGGUAAUAAUAUCCAUUCAUCACGCGUGUACUAUGUAUGUAUACGCUACUACAAGGAAUCCUAGUUCUCCCGUCAGUCCAUAGAGUUGGUUUUGGGCAAAAAUUUCAGCCAGCAAAUAAUUAGAAAGGUCAUCUGU